AUGUAUUUAGUGGUCAUUGAUUCGUACUCUAAAUGGCCGGAGAUAUACGAUACAGCUAGUUCUACUUCCUCCGAUACAGUCAUUGAAAAGAUGUACGAAUUCAUGUCUAGGUUCGGCAUACCGCAAACGAUUGUAAGCGACAAUGGAACAUCGUUUACUUCACACGAAUUUAAACGUUUCUGUGAAAUAAACGGGAUAUCACACGUUACGUCGCCACCGUAUCACCCGGCAAGUAACGGUCAAGCCGAAAGUUAUGUAAAAAUAGUCAAAAAGGGUAUAAAAUCAAGUAUUAUGUCUAGCAGCAACACAAAACAAUCAAAAAACAAUUUAUUAAAGUUUUUGUUUGAUUACCGGAAUUCAAAGCACUCGACCACCGGCAUGUCACCCGCCGAGUUGAUUUUCGGGCGAAAGCUAAACUCGCGCUUAGACAGAUUGGUACCUACGUCAUCGCUCUUUGCGUCUGCGGCUUCAUCCGAUUUGAUAAAUGCGCAAAAAUGUCCACAGAAGGAAGAACCAGUACGUAUUAAGUAA